CCGGGAGCGCCGGGCCCGCCGGUAACCGCCGGGCGCUCCCGCAGGGGCCGCCCCGCCAUGAGCGGCGGCGACACUGCCCUCGGCCCGCCGUGCUCCCCCGGCUCCGGGGGCGAGGAGCCCCCCAGUCCCUCUGGCGGCUCCUCGCUGUGCCCCGCGUCCCGCUCCAGCUGCCCGAGCGGUGAGGAGGAGGAGGAGGAGGGGCAGGAGGAGGAAGGGGCGGCGGCCGCCCGGAGCCCGCCGGGCCAUAGGAAGGCUGAAGACUCUGAAAUAGUAGGAGGGACAAAAGAGUCACCUUUGAAAGAUAAUCUUUCGCCAUGGGAAGAGUGGUUCAUUGGCAAAGAGAAGGAACUGCGUGCCCGCUUCCAGGCUAGAGCUGAAGAGGUAAUGAAUAUACAGCUUGAGAAGAUGAAGCAAAAGCAAGAACGUGAAAGGAGGAAAAGGAUAGCUGAAGAGAAACACAAGGAAUGGGUCCAAAAAAAGAGAGAAGAGGAAAGAAGAGAAAAGAAACGAAAGCUGAGCAAAGAAAUGGCAGAAAAAGCCACAAGGGAACUAGAAAAAAUGCAGUUACAAGAAAAGGCUGAGGUAAAGUAUAAAGAAUGGUUAAAGAAGAAGAGAGCUGAAGAGGCUGAAAAGAAGAAAAAAGAGAAGGAAAAAGAAAAAGAACGGGAAGCUGAGCUACAGGAGAAGAAAACAAGAUCAGAGAAAAUCUUUAAGGAAUGGCUACAAAAUGCUAGAAAUAAACCACGCCCUGUUUUAAAUGAUCAUGGUUGCCCACAUGGGAAGCCCAGAGGGAUUGGUGACAGAAAUUCAUAUCCAGCCCCAGCAUAUUGUAACCCCAUUCCUUGGAAACCAAUCCAUGUUCCUCCCCCAAAGGAAGACGGUGUCCUUACCAUGAAGAAGAAUAAGAGACCUGUAUCUUGUCAGCCACAUGCAUCUGCACCUAUGGUAGUUUCUAAGCCCAGGAGCAACCCUGGUAUUGGAUCCUUGUGCAGAAAGAAGUCAUAGUUCAGAAAAAAA